AGGCGGAGGGGCGGCGGCGGGCAGCAGCUGUGCUACGACUGCUCUGGGAGGAGUGGACGGGGCAAAAAUCCUGACCAUGACCCCCCGCAGGCUGCUGCCGCCCCUGCUGCUGCUAACUCUGCUGCUCGCUGCCCACUCAGAAGCCGCCUUGGCACGGUGCCCAGGCUGCGGGCAGGGGGUGCAAGCGGGUUGUCCAGGGGGCUGCGUGGAGGAGGAUGGGGGGCCGCCGGCGGAUGGCUGUAAGGAAGCUGGGGGCUGUCUCAGGAGGGAGGGGCAGCAGUGCGGGGUCUACACCCCUAACUGCGCCCCAGGACUGCAGUGCCAGCCGCCCGAGGAAGACGAAGCGCCUUUGCGGGCGCUGCUGCUGGGCCGCGGCCGCUGCCGCCGGGCGCGCGCGUCCUCGGGGGAGAAUCCUAAGGAGAGUAAACCCCAAGCAGGGACCACUCGCCCACAGGAUGUGAACCGAAGAGACCAACAGAGGAAUCCGGGGACCUCUACCACUCCCAACCGGCCCAGUCCAGGGGUUGUCCAAGACACCGAGAUGGGCCCGUGCCGCAGGCAUCUGGACUCGGUGCUGCAGCAACUCCAGACCGAAGUGUACCGAGGGGCUCAGACCCUCUACGUGCCUAACUGUGACCAUCGGGGCUUUUACCGGAAGCGGCAGUGCCGCUCCUCCCAGGGCCAGCGCAGAGGUCCUUGCUGGUGUGUGGAUCGGAUGGGCCAGCCCCUGCCGGGGUCCUCAGAGGGCGACGGAGGCUCCUCCUGCCCCACCGGGAGCAGUGGCUAAGGCUGGGGGGUGGGGGCUGCAGGACCACUGGCAGGAGCAUGGGGCUGUCAUCUUGGGUCAUUUGUUGAGUGAUGAGUAACUCAGGGGCCCUGUGCCCCACACUCCACCUUCAGGCCCUUUCCCCAUGUCCCCCUCACCCUUGGGACCCCACACAUGGACAGUGGUUGGUAUUGGCUAGGGAUGUUAAUAAAGCUGUAUUGGGGGGUCUCUGGCCUA